CUUCAAAGAGAAGCCAGUGCAUGUCGACAUAGACGACGACGACGAUGAUGAUAUGAUGGAUGAUGCAUCAUCAGUUAAAGAUUUUGAUGAGUCAUUCUUAAAGAACUUCUGUAGAAGGGCAUCGACCUCUUUUUCAAACAUUAUGGUCUUAUAAGUCACCAGAUCAACUCAUACAAUGAUUUCACCAACGUUGGGAUUCAAAAUGUUUUUGAUUCCAUCGGUGAGAUCAUAGUUGAGCCUGGUUUUGAUCCCUCAAAAAAGCGUGACAAUGAAUGGAGAUAUGCUUCAAUAAAGUUCGGGAAGGUGACUCUUGAGCGACCACGGUAUAUUGCUGCCGAGGGUGUGAUGAAUCCGUCGUGUACUUACCGAAACAUGCUCGUCUUUAGAAUAUGACAUACUCAUCCAGAAUGCAAGUUCAGCUCACGUUAGAUGUGUAUACCCAAGAGCUUGUAAGAAGUGACAAGUUCAAAACCGGUAAGGAGGCGUAUGUAGACAAGAAGAUACUUGAAACCGAGGAGCGUGAAGUGUAUAUUGGGAGGAUUCCGGUGAUGAUCAAUUCUGAUACGUGUUGGAUGAGUGGAGUUGAGAAAGAUGACUGUGAUUAUGACCAAGGAGGCUAUUUCAUAAUCAAGGGAGCUGAGAAGACCUUUAUUGCACAAGAACAAAUUGGAUUAAACAGAAUCUGGUUGGCAAGUUUUCCAAAUUGGUGUGUGAUGUAUCGCUCACCCCACAAGAGGAAAAGGGUUUAUGUGAAACUGGCGGAUACUAAUGAAUAUGAAGAUACCAAAGGAGGAGCACAAGGGAUAAAUGUUUAUAUCUUGAGUUUAAAAGAUAUGCCAAUAUGGAUUCUCUUUUUUGCCCUUGGGGUAUCUUCAGAUAAAGAAGUGGUUAACUUGAUUGAUGCCGACAUUAAUGAUGGCAGAAUCGUCAAUAUUCUAAUGGCAUCCAUUCAUGAAGCUGAUCAGAAGUGUGAUGAAUUUCGUAAAGGACAUAACUCAUUAAAUUAUAUUGAAAACCUUUUUGAAAAGAGCAAAUUUCCACCUAAAGAGUCUGUUAAAGAGUGCUUUGAGAAGUACUUGUUUCCUAAUAUCAUUGGGUUCAAACAAAAAGCUCGAUACCUUGGAUACAUGGUGAAGUGUUUGUUAGAGGGGUAUUCUGGUAAAAGAAAAGCUGAUAACAAAGAUGAUUUUAGGAACAAAAGAUUGGAACUUGCAAGCGAGUUACUUGAAAGAGAGUUAAGAAUUCAUCUUAAACAUGCAGAAAAGCGAUUGGUGAAAUACAUGCAAAGGGAUUUAUAUCCUAAUCGACAUUUACAUGCUAUUGAACAUUAUUUGGAUGCUUCAAUUAUUACAAAUGGGCUUAUGCGGGCUUUUUCAUCGGGUUCUUGGUCCCACCCGUAUAAAAACAUGAAAGAACUUUUGGAGUUGUUGCUACGCUUAGAAGAGCAAAUCCUUUGCAAAUGAUUUCGGAUAUGAGAAGGACAUGUCAGCAGGUUUUGUAUGCUGUGAAAGCUGGAGAUGCGAGAUACCUACACCCUUCUCAUUGGGGAAAGAUUUGUUAUCUUUCAACCCCUGAUGGGGAAAAUUGUGGGUUGAUAAAAAAUUUGGCGGGUACUGCUCUUGUGUCGACAACUGUUAGGGAAAAGAUUACUGAUUUAAUGAUGGCAUGUGGAAUGGAGAAGUUAGUGGAUGAUAGCUCAACUUCGUUAUCUGGAAUGGAUAAAGUUUUUGUUGAUGGAGAUUGGGUUAGAUUUUGCGAAAAUUCUGCUUCUUUUGUGGCUGAGUUUAGGCGUAAACGUCGUAAGAAGGAAGUACCUCAUCAGGUCGAAAUAAAAAGAGAUACAAAGCACAAAGAAGUGCGCAUAUUUUGUGACGCUGGACGCAUUUUACGUCCCCUUAUAGUCGUUCAAAUCUUGCACAAAAUCAAACUCCUAAAAGGUGGAAAGUACUCAUUUCAAGAUCUUUUAGACAACGGAGUUGUCGAACUAAUCGGACCCGAAGAGGAAGAAGAUUGCUGCACAGCAUGGGACAUCCAAUACCUCUUCCUCAAAAAUGAAGAACACGACCCUGAAAAAUACACACAUUGUGAACUCGACAUGUCAUUCAUGAUGAGCCUAAGCUGUGGCAUCAUUCCUUUUGCAAACCAUGAUCACGCAAAAAGAGUCCUAUUCCAAUCCCAAAAACACAGUCAGCAAGCUGUUGGAUACUCAUCAACAAAUCCAGACAUCAGAGUCGACACUCUUUCACACCAACUCUUCUACCCUCAAAGACCUCUUUUCAAAACCAUUCUUUCUGAUUGCCUUGAAAAAGGUCAAGGUCAAGGUCAACAAUCUGGUCAAACCCGAAAGGGUAUGAUUGCUAGACCCGAGUUUUUCAACGGGCAGUGUGCUAUUGUAGCGGUCAAUGUCCACCUCGGGUAUAAUCAAGAGGACUCGUUGGUGAUGAACAGGAGCUCGCUUGACCGGGGGAUGUUUCGGUCAGAGCAUAUUAGAAGCUAUAAAGCUGAGGUUGAUAACACUGAAGUUUCAAAGAAGAAGGUUAAGUCAGAUGAGGCUGUGAAUUUUGGGAAGAUUCAAAGUAAGAUCGGAAGGGUGGAUAGUUUGGAUGAGGAUGGCUUUCCUUUUAUCGGUGCAAAUUUACAGAGUGGUGAUAUUGUGAUUGGGAAAUUUACAGAAGCAGGGACUGAUCAUAGUGUGAAAUUGAAACAUACCGAAAGAGGAAUGGUUCAGAAGGUUGUGUUGUCUGCUAAUGAUGAAGGGAAGAAUUUUGCAGUGGUUUCUUUGAGACAAGUGCGGGCCCCAUGCCUUGGUGACAAGUUCUCGAGUAUGCAUGGGCAGAAGGGGGUUUUAGGGUAUUUGGAGUCUCAGGAAAACUUUCCUUUCAGCGUACAAGGAAUAGUUCCAGAUAUUGUGAUCAAUCCACAUGCAUUCCCAUCCAGACAGACUCCAGGGCAGAUGCUGGAAUCUGCUUUGGGGAAAGGUAUCGCGUUGGGAGGUUCACAGAGAUACGCUACACCUUUUUCUUCUCUCUCCAUUCAUGCCAUAACAGAUCAGCUUCACAGGGCUGGAUUUUCUCGAUGGGGAAAUGAGAGACUUUAUGACGGGAGGACGGGCGAAAUGGUAAAAUCGCUGGUGUUCAUGGGCCCCACGUUCUACCAGAGGCUGGUUCACAUGUCGGAGGAUAAAGUGAAGUUUAGAAACACGGGCCCGGUGCACCCGCUGACGAGGCAACCGGUGGCUGACAGGAAACGGUUUGGUGGAAUAAAAUUUGGAGAAAUGGAAAGGGACUGCUUGAUAGCCCAUGGAGCCUCUGCUAACUUACACGAGCGCCUUUUCACACUCAGUGACUGCUCUGAAAUGCAUGUCUGUACAAAAUGCAAAAGAAUGGCGGGUGUGAUUCAGAGGGCUGUUGCAGGUGGACACAAGAUCCGGGGCCCAUAUUGUCGGGUAUGUGACUCGGUUGAAGAUGUGAUUAAGGUGAGUGUGCCUUAUGGUGCUAAGUUAUUGACACAGGAGCUUUUUAGUAUGGGGAUUUCACUUAAGUUUGAUACCGAGUUAUGCUGAUGGAAUUUGGGAGUCUGUUUAGGUUUGGUAGAUGAUAUGUGAAUUGUUGAAGUAGGAAUGAAAGGAAUGACUUGUUUAGGUAAAUGGUGUUUUGGUGGUUGUACAUUGCUCUUUGUUUGGUGAGCAUGGUCUAAUUGGUAUCUUUUUGAUCGAACAAGGUUAUGUGUAACGUACAUACCAAUGUCAUUUUUGUGUA